CCGCUAAUCCCCCCGUACCUACCUAGGACUACUAACUUCGUAGACGACGCAUAUACAGGUGCACUGGUAGCACAUCGUCUCCCAACAGGCCUCUCGCCGCCAGCCGUCGCAAUGUCACGAGAAGCAGAGUCCACCACCAUGGACUACAUGGGCGGCAGCUCCAAGGCCGACCAUCUCUGCGUCCUCGUGCACGGGCUCUGGGGGAACCCGAACCACAUGAGAAACAUAGCCAAAAGCCUGCGGGCCGAGCAUUCCCGCGACGAGCUGUAUAUGCUCCUCGCGAAGCGCAACAGCGGCAGCUUCACGUAUGACGGCAUCGAGCUCGGCGGCGAGCGCGUCUGCGCCGAGAUUGAGGAGGAGCUUCGCGUCAUCGAGGCCCGAGGAGGCAGCAUCACCAAGCUCAGCAUCGUCGGCUACUCCCUCGGCGGCCUGGUCUCGCGAUACGCCGUGGGCCUGCUCUACGCCAAGGGCAUCCUCGAUACAGUCGAGUGCAUGAACUUCACCACUUUUGCCUCGCCGCAUCUCGGUGUCCGCACGCCCCUCAAGGGCUGGCACAACAAUGUGUGGAACGUGGUCGGAGCGCGGAGCCUGUCCAUGUCCGGGAGGCAGCUCUUCACCAUUGACAGCUUCCGCGAUACUGGACGCCCCCUGCUGUCCGUCCUCGCCGACCCCUCGUCCAUCUUCAUGCGGGGGAUGCGCAAGUUUAAGAGACAUACAUUGUACACAAACAUCGUCAACGACCGAAGUGCAGUGUAUUACACCACCGGCAUCUUCAAGACAGACCCCUAUCGGCGCAACAUGGAUAACAUCCGGGUCAACUACCUCAAGGGCUGUGAGGGCGUCAUUCUGGAUCCCGCGACGCCAAUCGCACCGCGACCAAAGGUCUCACAGCCGGCAACGAUAUCCUCCGUCACAGCCACCACGAUCCGGUGGGUCAAGCGCAUACCAUUCAUGCUCCUGGUUGCAGUCUUCGUGCCCAUCGGCACCAUUGCGUUUCUGUGCAACUCGGUGAUCCAGACCAUCCGCAGCUCUGGGCGCAUAAAGAAGCAUGAGACAGGCAGGACGAACCUCAACAUCGAGGAGUACCGGGUGCCGCUGCUGAUCAAGGAACUGCGCGGAGAAGUCGAGAAUGCAUACGAGGCGCUCAACAGCUCCCAGAAUCAGGAGUACCUGGCGACCGAGGACGAGGACGACGACUACGACAUGGGGCCCGAGGAGAGGAGCUUGCUGAGCCGGGAGAGGAGGCUGUCGGUGCCGACGCAGCCCACGCUGGCACUGACGCCGUACCAGUUUGAAAUGAUCCGGUCCCUCGACUCGCUCAACUGGCGCAAGUAUCCCGUCUGGAUCCACAACGACCGCCACGCGCAUGCGGCCAUCAUUGUGCGUAUGGAGAAGAAGACGUUUGAUGAGGGCUGGGUGGUGCUGAAGCACUUUGCCUGCGACGAGUUUCUGAUAUGAUUUGCACCGAGCACAAGACGUACGAGAAGCGCCGUGGUGCUGUUGGUUCUGGGAGAGAAAUACUAAUUAUUAGCGACCGAGGAUGAUGAAGGCUGGUGUAUGUUUUUGUAUCAAGAGCGAGCGUAUAGACAGGCGUUGGGAGACUAGACACGGCAAGACCUCAGACUCAUGUAUGGCAACAAUGCUUCGAUAGUUUUGGUAACUGCUGAACCCAUUCUCGAAAC